AUGAGGCUCGUGCAGAGCCGCCUGUAUGCGGGCGGGACGAAGUUCCCGCCCCGGCCGCCGAAGUUCCAGCACAAGACGAAGAAGGAGCUGACGGCGGAGGAGCAGAAGCAGGUGGAGGAGGAGAGGAAGUACCACGAGGCGGUGAACUCGGGGUCGGCGGUGAAGAAGUGGGGGGCCAUUCUCGGGUCGAGCGGGUUCAACAAGCGGGCGACGAAGUACUACAUCGGGUUGUACGUGGUGUUUCUCUGCUACGGGAUCUACUACUUCCGGAAGCUUUUCGGGAGACACCUGGAGGAGGAGGACUUGAAGAAGCUGCGGGACUCCGGGGCGGAGCUGAGCGAGUACCAGAAGCUGCGGAUCCGGGACUUGGCGGGCGACCUGCUGCGGACGAAGGACACGCAGAAGUUGAAGGCGUACUACGUGUUGAAGGAGGCGUACGACGCGCAGCCGGAGGAGGAGCGGGCGAAGGCGGGUCCGUUCGACCCUGCGCCGGAGGACAUCCGGGACGUGAUGGACGUGAGCUUCGAGCAGUGCAUCGAGCCGCCGAAGGACUUGAGCGGGUUCUACGACGCGCUGGCGGCGGAGUACGACAGCGACGUGGGCACGGAGGAGAUGAUGUCGUUCAUGGGCGGCAAGCGCAAGUGGCUGAUGAGGCACUGCAAGGGCGACGUGUUGGAGGUGGCGUCCGGCACGGGGCGCAACAUCGAGUACCUGGACCCGACGGUGGUGCGCAGCUACACCUUCCUCGACGCGUCCCGGAAGAUGAUGGACGUGUGCUACGACAAGUUCCACGAGCGGUGGCCCAACUUCGAGCGGGCCAAGUUUGUCGUCGGCAAGGCCGAGGAGCUCGUCAAGCUCUCCGCCGCGGGCCCCUCGGGCCGCACGUUCAGGUACGACACCAUCGUCGAGACCUUUGGCCUCUGCUCGCACGAGGACCCCGUCCAGGCCCUCAAGAACAUGCGGGCCCUGCUCAAGCCCGGCGGCCGAAUCGUCCUCCUCGAGCACGGCCGCGGCGAGUACGCCUUCAUCAACAAGAUCCUCGACCGCCGGGCCCACAAGCACAGCGAGAAGUGGGGCUGCCGCUGGAACCUCGACAUCGGCGACCUCGUCGACGAGUCCGGCCUCGAGAUCACUGAGGAGAAGCGGGCCCACCUCGGCACCACCUGGAUGCUCGUGUGCAAGCGGCCCGAGGACGUUCUCGACAUCGACGAGAUGUCUGCCCUCGAGAAGUACUUCUUCCCCCGCAGAACAAACCUCGACUCCUCCAACAUCGUCAACCGGGACGACAGCCGCCGUCCAUAG